AAUUAAAUUAAGGUGAUCAUGGAGAUGAAGUUGUUCUUUGCCAUCGCAGCUGCACUUGUUCUAGUUGUAGCCAACUUGGGUAUGCAGGCAAGUGGGCAGAGCGCUUCAUGCCUAAACCAGCUUGCUCCAUGCCUCAAUUACCUGAAUGGGACAAAGGAAGUCCCUCAAGUUUGUUGUAACCCUCUCAAAGCGGUGAUAAGGAACAAUCCAGAGUGCUUGUGCCGGAUGAUUAGUAACCGAGGGAGUUCUCAAGCCGAGCGAGCUGGCAUCGAUGUCAAUGAUGCUCAAAUGUUGCCUGCUCGAUGUGGAGAACACGUCAAUCCUAUUGCCUGCUUAACUCGAUCUCGAGAAUCUACAAACUCAAACCGAAGCUCCUCUAAUAUUGGCAACACAUUUUCUCAGUCCUACUGGAUGACAACAUUAGCAAUUGCAGCCACCGUUUUGUCAUAUUUUCUUUAAACAACAAGCUGAAUCUCCCUCUCAUUGUCUAUACUACUCUAUACUAUAGCAGUUUUGUUUGCUUGUUAAUCAAAGCUGCUCAUUCUUUGUUUGUAUGCUCUUUGAGUUAAAUUAUGACUAUUGGUCCGUCACACCAACACAUUGUACCAUUUAUUCCACAUAAAUAGUAUAAUUCCAUCA